ACAGGCUAACUAACAGCAAUAUAACAAUAACAAAAACAAUAGCAAUAAUAACCACAACACAACGAAGUAAAAGCAGAUUCUUGCUGUCUUACUAAGUAAUUUCUUAAUUAAAAUAAUUCUUUUGCAAAAGACGCUGCUUGUUCCGACACGGCGAACGGUGUUUUGUGAGCGAAAAUUUUGACGCGAGAAAAAUAAAGAGAAAAAUAAAGACAAAAAUCGAAGAAAAAAUACAUUUAAAUAAAAUAAAGAAAUUAUUUUAAUAUUUAAAAUUGCAAACAACUGUCACAGCUGUAGCCAAAACAACCACACAAAAAAAAAACAACAACAACAACACUUAAUGGCAGCAACUAUAAUGCAAUUUGUCCCUUAUUUGACAUAAAAGCGCGCCGCGGCGGUUGGGUGAGUGAAUGAGAGCGUCUCAGUUUGCCGCAGAAAGUGUUAAAUUUUGAUGCAAUUCUUCUUAUUUACUUUGAAAUAUUCACCGUCCACUCUUCAGCGUGUGUAGCUGCAAAGAAACCAUUAAAUGCGUGUGUCAAAUGUUGAAGCUCACAACUCGUGUCCGAGCCGUGCCAAAGAAAGUAUUCCAAAAGUGCUUUUAAUUCGUGGUAAAUUUUGAAUAAACUUUUAAGUUUAAUAAAAAAAACCCUUUUUAAGAACAGACAAAGAAAAUACAUAUAUAAAAUGUGGUACAACAAAAUGCUGCGCUUUGCCCACUUUGACUUUCAACAACGAAGGAGAGCGAUUAUCCUUCUGCUUUUACUCGCUUGCGCUACUCAAGGGAGCUACGCACACACCAACUACGCUGUUAAUAAAUCAGUUCCCGCUUGCAAAUUACCGCCGAUGCCGUUACUCUGCGACAGCAAAUUGCUCCGUUAUGCCUACAAUGCAGCCACCGGGAAUUGUGUGAGUCUCUACACCAGCGGUUGCGGCACAACUACAAUGGCCAAACAUUUCCUCACCUUCGAGGAAUGCCGACGCGAUAAUAUGCCGAUAAUGCGUUAUUAACGAUUAAAGAAUUUAUUUUUUUAACAAAUACCACAUAUUAAAAUAUUUAUGAAAUAAUAAAGAAAAUAUAUUA